GUGUGUGUGUGAGUGUGAGAGAGAGCGCUUGUGAUCCAGGAUGGGGUUUGGUCGUGAUCUGAGGAAUUCCCAUGAGGGAUUACUGAAGCUGCAGGACUGGGAGUUAAAGCUGCUGGAGACAGUGAAGCGGUUCAUGACUCUACGGGUGAAGAGUGAUAAGGAGUACUCUGCUCUGCUGCUCAGCAUGACUCAGCAAACUGAGAAACAGGAAGCUGCUGAUUACAUCAGCACCGUCAGCAAGUCCUGGUCUCAGGUGAUCCGUCAGACAGAGGCAUUGGGUCGAGUGAUGAGGAGUCACGCUGACGACUUGAACUCUGGUCCUCUUCACCGCCUUGCCACGCUGAUUCGAGACAAGCAGCAGGUGAAGAAGAGCUACCAGAGUCUUCAUCAGCAGCUGGAGAGCCACAACCACAAGGUAACCAGGAGUGACCUGGAGAAGCUGAAGGCGACGUAUCGUCAGUUGAGCCGUGACGCAAACAACGCCAAAGAGAAAUACAGAGAGGCGCUGGCCAAAGGUCGGGAGGCAGAGCGUGCCCGUGAGCGUUACGACAAAGCGACAGCGAAGCUCCACAACCUUCACAACCAGUACGUGUUGGCGGUGUGCGGUGCUCAAACGCAGCAGGACGAACACAGACGCCGUGCCGCGCCCGCUCUGCUCGACGCCCUGCAGAGGAUGCAAGAGGACAUGACGCUUGCACUUAGGAGUAUUCUGGAGGAGUACUGUGACAUCAGCAGUCUGCUGACGGAGGAGAUCGUGAAGGUUCAUCAGGAGAUUUCAGCAGCCGUUCAGCAGAUCGAUCCUCUGGCCGAGUACCAACACUUCAUCGACGCUUACAGGUCUCCGGAGACCCCAGAGCCAAGCGUGGAGUUUGACACAUCUCUAUUGGAGGAGACGGACAACCUGCCAGCCAAUGAGAUCCUCUGGAACACGCUGACAGCUGAAAGCCUGCAGGCCAUGUUGUCGUCGGCAACAGAAGAGCUGACGCUGACUCAGCAGAAUCUGAGGACGAAGGAGGCGCUGGCCGACGACCUGGACACCAAGAUCCAAACGAGUCAGCAGAGCGCUGAGAGGAGGAGCGACUGUGUCCUGCUGCUUAGUCAGAAACUCUCUCUGCUCGAGCUUCGUCACGCUGUCCAAUCACUGCGUGGCUCUGAGGCCCGUCUCGCCUCCCAGAAGGCCCUCCUGGAUGCCAAGAUGGCUGCCGCCACCACCUCCCCUCCCCCACCGCCACCUCCCCCAGCGCUGCCUUACGAGGACGACGCCCGCUCCGUCGGCUCCACGGAUAAGACGAAGGAGAAGAGCUCUCGCUUCGACACACUGCGACAUUCUCUGGCUGGGAUGAUCCGUUCUCCUAAAGCCAUGCUGGGCUCCUCCACCUCGCAGUUCUUCGAUGUGAUCCCGACAUCAGAGCGCCCCCUGGCGGAGCAGGAGUGGUAUCAUGGCGCCAUCCCCCGCACUGAGGCUCAGGAGUUACUACGGCAACAGGGAGACUUUCUGGUGAGGGAGAGUCAUGGUAAACCGGGCGAGUACGUCCUGUCUGUGUUUUCUGAUGACCAGAGACGACACUUCAUCAUCCAGUUUGCCGAUAAUCAGUACCGUUUUGAAGGGACCGGCUUCUCGACCAUCCCUCAGCUCAUCGAGCAUCAUUUCUCCACUAAACAAGUCAUCACCAAGAAGUCUGGAGUCGUGCUGCUCAACCCCGUCGUCAAGGACAAGAAGUGGAUCCUGAACCAUGAGGACGUGGUCCUGGGAGACCUGCUGGGAAAGGGUAACUUUGGCGAGGUGUUUAAAGGAACACUGCAGCGCGACAAAACGCCGGUGGCCGUCAAAACGUGUAAAGAAGAUUUACCUCCAGAGUUGAAGAUCCGCUUCCUGUCUGAGGCCAGGAUCCUGAAACAGUACGACCACCCAAACAUCGUGAAGCUGAUUGGCGUUUGUACGCAGAGACAGCCGAUCUACAUCGUCAUGGAGCUGGUUCCUGGUGGAGACUUCCUGUCCUUUCUGAGGAAGAAGAAGGAUGAGCUGAAGACAAAGCAGCUGGUUCGCUUCGCCGUCGAUGCUGCUGCUGGGAUGGCGUACCUGGAAAGCAAGAACUGCAUCCACAGGGACCUGGCAGCGAGGAACUGUCUGGUGGGGGAAGGCAGUGUGUUGAAGAUCAGUGACUUUGGGAUGAGUCGUCAGGAGGAUGAUGGAGUUUACUCUUCAUCUGGACUCAAACAGAUUCCCAUCAAAUGGACCGCACCUGAGGCCCUCAACUAUGGUCGUUACAGUUCAGAGAGUGACGUGUGGAGCUAUGGGAUCCUGCUUUGGGAAACCUUCAGUCUGGGGGUGUGUCCUUACCCUGGGAUGACCAAUCAGCAGGCCCGAGAGCAGGUGGAGAAAGGUUACAGAAUGGCGUGCCCACAGCGUUGCCCUGAUGACGUGUACAAAGUGAUGCAGCGCUGCUGGCAGUACAACCCAGAGGACCGACCCAAGUUCUUCGAGCUGCAGCGAGACCUCGCAGCCAUCAAAAAGAAGUGAUGACAUCAUCAUGUACUCAGCAGCAGAGCGUCAUCAGCGAAGACAAGUCACUUUUUUUUUUCAACAAGUGGGCUUGGCCGGUGGGUGGGCGUGGUCAGCAGGCGGAAGUGGUUCAGAAACACAUCGUCUUUUUAGAAACAAUAUGUAAAAAAAAAAAAAAAAGGUUUAUUGAAAA